AUCUUCUCCCUCUCUCUCUCUACCCCUGCUUUCAUCUUGCUCUCAUGUGGCCGCCGUGGGUAAAGGCCACCCCAUCCUCCACCGCCACCGGAGCUACCUGCCGUUCGCCCACCUUCUCCUCUCCCACUCUCAAGGACAUCCAGGCCCUCCUCCGCGACGACCCCCACCAACCUCUCGCCUGCCCUGCCCUCCGCCGCGUUAUUCACCGGGCCCGCCUCGCCUCCUCCGCCCUCCGCGCCCUCCGUUCCGCCUUCGCCUCCGCCGCCCCCUCCUCCGAUCCGCUCGACCGCCGCCGCCACGGUCUCGUCCUAUACUUCACCUCCCUCCGCAUCGUCCGCCGCACCUUCGAGGACUGCCGCGUCGUCCGCUCCAUCCUCCGCGGCCUACGCGUCGCCGUCGACGAGCGCGACCUUUCCAUGGACUCCCGCUUCCUGGCCGAACUCCAGGUCGCCCUCGGCUGCCGCCAGCCCACCCUCCCCAAGCUAUUCCUCGCCGGCCGCUGCCUUGGCGGCGCCGAUGAGAUCCGCCUCCUGCACGAGUCCGGCGAGCUCAAGGCUCUCGUCGACGGUAUCGCCUCUUUACCGCCUUCUGCCUCCGACUGCGAAGCUUGCAGUGGCGUGCGCUUCGUUCUCUGCGCCGCGUGCAGCGGUAGUCACAAGCGGUACAGCGAUAAGACCGGGGGCUUCCGGACCUGCGGCGAGUGCAACGAGAACGGGCUCGUCCGGUGCCCUGAUUGUUUCGCCGCAGCCCUCUGAUUGAGAUCGCUGGGGGCUGUCCGGCAGGAUAUUUUUUUUGACUCUUUUUCAUAUGUUUGUUAUGGGAGAGAAAUUGGAGAUGGAUGACGGUUGUAAAUUAAGUUGUGGGUUGAAACCGAAUGAAGACGAUUAAAAAGAUUCCAAA